AUGAUACACUCAAAUCAAUCAAUGCUUUCCAUCUUCUGCUGCUGCUGCUGUGCUCUUCAUACAAGAGAGUUUAGAACGAGGAUGGAGCUGGAAGAAAACACCUCUCUUUGUUUUCAGAGGAGACACUAUCCAGAGGCACGACGAGCAAAAAUGGAAAGGUCGAGAAAGAAGCUGCCUCUGCCUCCACCAGCAGAGGGCGACAGCCAGGGCACAGGGAAGCUCCAGGUCGUGGCGCUGUACGAUUUCUCCGCCAAAGAAGAAACAGAUCUCACAAUCACACAGGGCGAAGAGUACACCAUUUUACACAAACAGGACCAGCUGUGGUGGAGGGCUCAGGACAAACACGGGAACAAAGGCUUCAUUCCCAGUAACUAUGUGACAGAGAAAACCAACAUUGAGGCCAAUUUGUGGUAUUGUAAAAACCUCAACAGGACUGAAGCUGAACAGCUCCUAAGACAUGAGGGUAAAGAAGGCGGUUUUGUGGUUCGAGAGUCGAGUCAGAGAGGUGUCUACACUGUGUCUGUUUACUGCAAAUCUCUAGGCGAGAGUGGAGGCGUGAAGCAUUACCAGAUCAAACUCAGUGCCACAGGACAGUUUUAUUUGGCUGAAAAACACGUAUUUGACUCCAUUCCUGAAGUGAUCCGUUACCACGAACACAACGCAGCAGGCCUGGUGACUCGCCUGCGGUACGCUUUGGGGCCCAUGGGGAGGUGUGUUCCUGCCACAGCAGGGUUCAGCUCAGAGAAGUGGGAGAUAAACCCGAGUGAGCUGACGUUCAUGAAGGAGUUGGGCAGUGGGGAAUUUGGACAGGUGCGACUGGGAAAAUGGAGAGCUCAGCACAAAGUGGCCAUCAAAGCCAUCAGAGAAGGAGCCAUGUACGAGGAGGACUUCAUCGAGGAGGCCAAAGUCAUGAUGAGGCUUUGCCACCCUCGCUUGGUGCAGUUGUACGGUGUGUGUCUGCAGCAGCGCCCCCUGUUGAUUGUGGCCGAGUUCAUGGAAAACGGCUGUUUGCUGAAUGUUCUGCGCCAGAGGGGUGAGGCUCUGCAGGAGGAGUGGCUUCUGUCCAUGUGUCAGGACGUGUGUGAGGGCAUGGAGUACCUCGAGAAAUGCAGCUUUAUUCACAGAGACUUGGCUGCAAGGAACUGUUUGGUGAAUGAUCGACACGUGGUGAAAGUUAGCGACUUCGGGAUGACGAGGUAUGUGUUGGAUAACCAGUACACCAGCUCAAGUGGGUCCAAGUUCCCAGUGAAGUGGUCUCCUCCUGAAGUCCUGCACUACAGUAAAUACAGCAGCAAAUCAGACGUGUGGUCGUUUGGAGUGGUGAUAUGGGAGAUCUUCACUGGAGGGAAGACUCCGUUUGAGAACCGCUCCAACUCGGAGGUGGUGGAUGACAUCAGCAGGGGGCGGCGACUGUACCGGCCGAACAGAGCCUCACCGCUGCUUUACAACAUCAUGUACAAGUGCUGGAACAACAAACCUCAGGAUCGUCCGUCUUUCUCUGAGCUGGUGGAGGAAAUCAUAAAACUGUCGGAAGACUCAACGUUGUGA